AUGAAGAUUUUUAUGAACGGGACGAUUCCACCUGGAUUUUUCAAUUUGCCUGUGGUGGAUUUGUUGGAUCUCAACGACAACCACUUCAGUGGCGAACUCCCUGACGAGAUAUCAGGUGAAAAUCUUGGUCUCUUGACGCUCUCCAACAACGUGAUUACUGGGAAAAUUCCUAAAGCAAUCGAAAAAUUGGAGAAGUUGCAGACUCUUUUCCUCGACUUAAACCAGUUUACAGGCGACAUUCCACCGGAGAUAUUCCAGCUCAAACAUCUUUCCAAGAUAAACAUCAAUAGUCCGAUCUCUACAGCAUUUGGAGAAGAUGGUUUCUUCUGUGCGAUUGAUGCUAGUGGGAAACAAGAUGUGUUGAGCUUAUCACUACAUCCACUGCCCGUGGCAUCUGUUUCUGCCAUGUUUCCGAUCUCCAAGGUUUCUGAAGCUGCUUAUGCUUUGCCGCGAUGGUUGUGGCAAUCGGGUAGCGAGCUCUACCAGUACUACUGUACAGAUGAUUACUUCUUAAACGCAGCAUGGGCUACUCGCGUGCUAUCGAUUUUCCUGGUGUUGGCCACCGCCAUAGCAAUAGCACGGUGGUGGCGUUGGUCAAGAACGGAGAGACUGCCACUGCCUCCAGGGCCACGAGGCCUGCCGAUAGUCGGAAACCUCCCCUUCAUAGGUACCGAUCUUCAUCGCAGUUUCGCCAAGUUUGCUGAGGCCUAUGGUCCCAUUAUGAAACUCCGACUAGGCAGCAAGCUCUGCAUCGUGGUGUCGUCGCCAUCGCUGGCAAAGGAGGUCUUCAAAGAUCACGACACCAUAUUCGCCAACCACGACGUGAUGGCGGUGGCGGCUAUUGCCACUUACGGGUGCGUUGACAUGGCAUUUUCACCAUACGGUGACCAUUGGCGGAUGCUCCGUAAGAUCUGUGUCUCGGAGAUGCUAAAUCACAAGAGGCUCGAAGCUUUGUAUGGUCUCCGGCGGAGAGAGGUCCGCCACAUGGUGAGCCAACUCUAUUCCAAGACCGGCUCCCCGGUCGACGUUGGGGAGCAGAUGUUCCUCACCACAUUCAACAUCAUAACCAGCAUGUUAUGGGGUAAUACACUUGAAGGGGAAGAGGGGCGGCGCACCACCGUCGAGGUUCGGCAAGUAGUUGAUAGAAUUAUGAUGCUUUUUGGAAAGCCCAAUAUUUCAGAUCUAUUUCCGGCAUUGGCUUGGCUUGAUAUCCAAGGUAUUGGGCGGCGGAUGAAGAAGGAGAUUUCGUGGUUCGAUCGGAUGUUGGAUUCCGUCAUCGAAGAACGACUAAAAAGAGAUCGAGAAAGAGAAAGUCGGAGCCUGCGACGAGAAGGGAAUGUGGAUGGCAAACAAGCCAAGGAUCUCCUGCAGGUCUUACUACAGCAGCUCAAUCUCGAUCUCAAGGUCAAGGAAUGCUCUCCAGGCCUUACCAUCUCCCACAUCAAGGCUUUGUUCUUUGACAUGAUGGUGGCUGGGCCUCAAGCAGUAGCGAGCACAGUGGAGUGGGCACUAGCUGAGCUAUUGAAACACACACAUAUAAUGAAGAAAGUUGAAGAAGAGCUAGAAGAGGUAGUGGGGUUGAACAAUAUGGUGGAAGAGUCUCAUUUGCCUAAGUUACAUUACCUGCAUGGAGUGGUGAAGGAAGUGCUGCGUCUGCACAUACCUGGUCCUUUCUUGGUUCCUCGAUGCCCAAGUUCAUCUUGCACCAUAGGUGGCUUUAUGGUUCCAAAAGGCUCCAAAGUUAUGGUGAACGCAUGGGCUAUACAAAGAGAUCCUAUGGCUUGGGACAACCCCUUGGAAUUUAAGCCCGAGAGGUUCUUAAGAUUGGGUGAUGAUGAAUAUGAUUUUAGUGGCAAAGAUUUUCGAUAUAUUCCAUUUGGAUCAGGAAAAAGGGUUUGUGUAGGAAUCCCUAUGGCAGAAAGAAUUGUACCAUACCUAUUGGCAUCAAUUUUGCAUUCAUUCCAGUGGAAAUUGCCAAAUGGAGUGGACCUUGAUAUGUCAGAUAAGUUUGGUUUGGAAUUAAAGAAGGCAACACCCCUUGUGGCAAUCCCAUCACCUAGGUUAUCUGACCUCACACUCUACAAUUAA